AUGAAUGUCGACACAAUCCCCGACUUUCUUGGAGAGCAACGCGAUGCUGCGCCUGCAGACCUUCAACACCUUUUUCUAUCUUUCGAAGACCUUUGGGAGAGGAAGUUGUGGCAUCAACUGACAGAUACCCUUGUUGAACUCUUCAAUCAUAAAGAAAGCGCUUCCCAACGAUUACCAUUCUAUAAGAUUUUCAUUCUCACAUUCGCCGAUAAGAUCAACCAGUUGAAGCUUGUCACUCUUGCUUUGAGCGCUGCUUCACAGUGUAAAGAUAGCCAAGAGCGCUUGUCUUUCUUAGAGGCGGUAGCAAAGAAAGUCGACAACCCAAAUUCCCAAGAUGCAUACGUCUACGCAACAGUAGCUGUGGCCACCGUCAAAUUAGAAUUACAAGAUCACGAUGGGGCGAGAAAGGAUUUGGAUAAAUCAGAGAAGGUCUUAGAUAGAUUCGACUCUGUGGAGACAAUCGUACAUGCUGCUUUCUACCGGGUGAACGCAGAGUACUAUCAAUCCAAACUGGAGUUCGCAUCAUAUUACAGAAACGCCCUAUUAUACCUAGCCUGUAUUGAUCUCAAUGAUCUCACUCCCUCAGAUCGCAAAAGCCGAGCCUACGAUCUUAGUAUCGCAGCCCUUGUAUCCGACACUAUCUACAACUUCGGUGAACUCCUCCUCCAUCCUAUCCUUGACACCCUCGUAAAAGACGACUCCUGGCUCCGGGAUCUCCUUUUCGCUUUCAAUCGUGGUGACCUCGCCGCCUACGACGUUCUCGCUGGCCACAUUACCUCCAACCCCCUCCUCGCCCAACACCGCGAUGGUCUCAAACAAAAAAUCUAUCUAGCCGCCCUUACCGAAGCCGUCUUCCGUCGCCCACCUCACGACCGUGCCAUGACCUUCCGCACCAUUUCCGAAGAAACAAAAGUCCGCCCUGACGAAAUUGAGCAUUUGAUUAUGAAAGCUUUGAGCUUAGGUUUAUUGCGAGGAAGCAUCGAUCAAGUCGAUGAAAUUGCACGUAUCAACUGGGUACAACCUAAGGUAUUGGACAUGGCACAGAUUGACGGUAUGCGUACACGACUACAGGAAUGGGAUACCAGUGUUAAUUCGCUGGGUAAUUGGAUUGAGUCGAAGGGUCAGGAUGUCUGGGCGGCAUGA